CGCACGCGGGCUGUUUGAGUAGCAGUAAGGUUUCGCUGUGUUGCGGAAAUUGCGUAGAUCGUUUCUAAGCGUGUGUGAGAGUGCAGUGAACUUCUGGAAAAGUUGCAAGGUAGUCUAACUUCAUUCUCUGCAAGAACGGAAGCUCACCAUGUCGGCCCAGAUCAUCAGCGGAAAGGAAGUCUCAGCGCAGGUGCGAGAGAGGCUGAAGAAGGAGGUGGAAGAAAUGAAGGCUCAAGACCCAAACUUCAGACCAGGCUUGGUGGUGUUACAGGUGGGGAACAGAGACGACUCCAACCUGUACAUCAGCAUGAAGCUGAAAGCUGCUGCUGAGAUUGGAAUCAAUGCGACACACAUGAGGCUUCCACAGACCGCUACUGAAGACGAGAUCCUGCAGCGCAUCACAGAGGUCAAUGAGAACUACAGUGUGCAUGGGCUCCUAGUGCAGCUGCCUUUGGACUCCAUUCACCGCAUUGACACUGAGAAGGUCACCAAUGCUGUGGCUCCAGAGAAGGAUGUAGACGGUCUGACGAGCAUUAAUGCAGGGAAACUGGCCCGGGGUGACCUUGGAGACUGCUUCAUUCCCUGCACUCCCAACGGCUGUAUGGAGCUCAUUAAACACACAGGCGUCUCCGUGGCAGGAAAAAGGGCUGUUGUGGUUGGCCGCAGUAAGAUUGUCGGUGCGCCAAUGCAUGACCUCCUGCUCUGGAAUCACGCCACUGUUACCACCUGCCACUCAAAAACUGCUGACCUGGCAGCUGAGGUUGGGAAAGCAGACAUCUUGGUGACUGGGAUUGGGAAACCAGAGAUGGUGAAGGGCGAAUGGGUGAAGAAGGGCGCUGUAGUCAUUGACUGUGGCAUCAACCACAUUCCAGACAGCACCAAGGCAAGUGGGAAGCGUGUUGUAGGUGAUGUUCACUUUGCCACUGCCAAGGAGCAAGCAGCCUUCAUCACCCCGGUACCAGGUGGAGUCGGCCCCAUGACCGUCGCCAUGCUCAUGCAGAAUACCGUACUGAGUGCCAAGCGCUUCCUUCAAGCACAUGAACCAGGCAAAUGGAACAUCUCUUAUACCAAGCUGAACUUGCAGAGACCCGUUCCCAGUGAUAUCGUUAUUUCCCGCUCCGGUACCCCCAAGCCCAUUGAUCGCCUGGCCAGAGAGAUCGGGCUUCUCUCAGAUGAAGUCGAGCUCUAUGGCAAGACCAAGGCUAAAGUUCAGUUGGAAACUAUUGAUCGAUUGAAGUCCCAGGCUGAUGGCAAAUAUGUUGUUGUUACUGGGAUCACUCCUACACCUCUCGGUGAGGGGAAAAGCACCACGACAAUCGGGUUAGUGCAGGCUCUUGGUGCUCACCUCAAGCGCAAUGUGUUUGCCUGCGUGCGCCAGCCGUCUCAAGGCCCCACGUUCGGCAUCAAAGGUGGUGCAGCUGGAGGUGGCUAUUCUCAGGUUAUUCCUAUGGAAGAGUUUAACCUCCAUCUCACUGGUGAUAUCCAUGCCAUCACUGCUGCAAAUAACCUGGUGGCUGCUGCCAUCGAUACUCGGAUAUUUCAUGAAGCCACACAAUCUGAUAAGGCACUUUUUAACCGCCUGGUGCCAUUAAGUGGAGGCCUGAGAAAGUUUUCCCCCAUGCAGAUCGAACGACUCAAAAAACUGGGUAUUGAGAAAACUGAUCCAUCUGCGCUGACAGACGAAGAGAUCACUCGCUUUGCCAGGCUGGACAUUAACCCUGAAUCAGUCACCUGGCAAAGAGUUUUGGACACAAAUGAUCGAUUCCUCCGGAAGAUUACCAUUGGCCAAAGUCCCACUGAAAAGGGCUAUACCAGAACAGCUCAGUUUGACAUCACGGUGGCCAGUGAGAUCAUGGCUGUGUUGGCUCUCACCAGCAGUCUGCAGGAUAUGAGGCAGAGACUGGCUAAAAUGGUGGUAGCAACCAAUCGCAGUGGCCAACCCAUCACCACUGAAGACCUGGGUGUGUGUGGAGCACUGACCGUGCUAAUGAGAGAUGCCAUCAAACCCAACCUUAUGCAGACCCUCGAGGGAAACCCUGUGUUUGUUCACGCCGGCCCUUUCGCCAACAUCGCCCAUGGGAACUCAUCCAUCCUGGCUGAUAAGAUUGCUCUGAAGCUUGUAGGGCCUGAAGGAUUUGUAGUAACCGAGGCAGGCUUUGGUGCAGACAUCGGCAUGGAGAAGUUUUUCAACAUUAAGUGUCGUUACUCUGGGCUGCGGCCUCACGUGGUGGUGCUGGUGGCCACAGUGAGGGCACUGAAGAUGCACGGGGGUGGACCAACAGUCACAGCUGGCAUGCCUCUUCCAAAGGAAUACGUAGAAGAGAACCUGGAGCUGGUGGAGAAAGGCUUCAGCAACCUGAGGAAGCAGAUCGAGAAUGCCAAGCACUUUGGUGUGCCAGUCGUCGUAGCAGUCAAUGCUUUCAAGACGGACACUGAAACCGAACUGAAUCUGAUCUGUAAGCUGGCUAAAGAGGCAGGAGCCUUUGACGCAGUGACCUGCACUCACUGGGCAGACGGGGGCGCUGGAGCCACAGAGUUGGGCAAAGCUGUGCAGAAAGCUACAGAGGUACCCAGCAACUUCAGCUUCUUGUAUGACCUUGAGUUGCCCAUUGCUGAUAAGAUCAGAAUAAUUGCACAGAAGAUUUACGGAGCAGAUGAUAUCGAGCUCCUCUCCGAAGCCCAGCAUAAAGUAGAGCUCUAUACCAAACAGGGUUUUGGCAAUUUGCCCAUCUGUAUGGCAAAAACCCAUUUGUCUCUCUCUCACGAUGCUGAAAAGAAGGGUGUGCCCACUGGGUUUGUCCUGCCUAUUCGUGAUAUUCGUGCGAGCGUUGGUGCUGGGUUUCUCUACCCAUUAGUUGGCACGAUGCCCACCAUACCAGGCCUCCCGACACGCCCAUGUUUCUACGACAUCGAUCUGAACCCAGUGACCGGAGAAGUCAUCGGACUCUUCUAACACAUGCUGAACUGAAUCCACCAUCGGCACACUUCUGAACCAGAUGCUUGUAAUAGUUUAAAAUUAGAGAGAUAUCAGUAGAGUUCUAGUGAUUUGCUGAUUGAUUGAUUAGUUUGUAAAUGGUCUUCGUUGUUAUUGGAUCAGUAUUACAGGUUAGUGUAUUCUGCUGUGAAGAGAUGUUCUUAUAACUGACAAAGAGCCAGCAAAGCCCUUACUGUCCUUACGUUCAAUUAAAUGCAUGUAAUUUCAGGCUCUCACACCUACCCUCCAAUUGGAUUGUAAUUUGUAUGUGGUGGAUGGAAUUAUUAUUAUUAUUAUUAUUAUUAUUCCAACGUACAAUCUCUAAAGCCUUGGCUUUGCUUGUAACGGAUAAACUAGCCUUGAUUUGAGUAAUUACUUAUUUUAUGAAGAGUUAGUUGACAUGAUGUUGAAAGAGUGAGAUCAUUCACAAACUAGGUCAACAGAUUUGGCUAAUAAUGCUUUUCAUGUGCCCAUUAUAAAAAAAUAAAAUAAUAAUAAUAAAAACACAGCUUGGGAAAUUUAAAAAAUGAGCAGUGAUCACAAAAUGAAGACCAAUGUAGAGCUUUUUUUUCUUUUUUCUUCCUUCCUCAGAUUCAAAAUGAAUCACUUUUUUGCAAUGUGCUUGAAAUUGCACAAUGGAAUUUUUCAGUAAAGCAGUCUUAAAACAACGUGGUUUAAAAUGAACGGGUAUUAUUACACUUUAUAUCAGUGAAGAAAUGUUUUGGAAAUUUUAGACACAGGAAAAUACAAACAGAAUUUCUUCUGUAAGCAAUGUGAAUCAGAAAAUAUGGACUAGGGUUUUUCCCCCCCCUUUAUAUUUUAGAGCAUUCCUUUAAUGGUACACUACAUGAUCAGUUAUCCGCUGUAUUAAUUCUGUGUGUAACUCUUUGAACUGACAUGUUCAGACCUACCUGCCCUGUUAGGGGAAAAUUACAAAGCCAUUUUUCAGUCGUACUGAAGUUGGUCAUGUGAUGAUUAAACAUGGCUGAUGUACAGUAGGCUGGUUGAAAGACAAAGCUGAAGACUGAAAAAAUUGGGGACAUGCCCCUAAGUUCUAGUCCAUAAAGACUCUUUGCCAUGCAGUUUUGUAAGUGCACCAUUAAGUUUCUCCAAGUAUUAAGCUUGACUGACUGUUUUCUUAAUGAAGGUUUUUUUUCCUUCCUUCUGAAAUUCUGACUUGAUGUUGAAUGUCUGAGUCAGUGUUGUCUUUUUUUUUUUUUUCACAAAAUGAAACCUUUAGACCCAAGACUGGAACUCCAUCUUAAUGCCGGCACUGUCUGGUUAAAUAAAGGCAUGUCUUUCAAUAUCAUUACUGCAUA